CUAGCUGGGGGCCUCGCUGCUCGUGAAGGGGAACGCCCCCCGCGGCCCUUCUCGGAAAGGGCUGGGCCAUGGCGGAUGAGAGGCUCGACAGCCUGGAGGGCUGGGUGGCGGUCAAGGAAAACCUGUUCUCAGAGCCCGAGCGGCCCAAGCUGCGCUUCAUGGUGGCCUGGAACGAGCCCGAGGCCAAGUUCGCAGUGACCUGUCACAACCGGACCCUGCAGCAGCGGCAGCGGCGGCGCUGCCGGGAGGGCCUUGAACCAGCCCUGGGAGGUGGCAGAGCCCCAGACGAGGAGAAGGAAGGGGAGCUGGAGGCGGAGGCGUGCGGGCCGCUCAGCUGGGCCGGCCUCUUCUCCGCUGCAGAGAUCCAGGGAGUGCAUCGACAGCUGGCCGCCGUGAGCCCGCAACUGGAGGCCUGCUUCCCCGCGCUGCCUCCCGAGCUCGGCCCGAGCCUAUGGACUCUACUCUUUCCGGCCAGGCCCGCGCCGGAUGAAGCUGUGCUCCUGGAGCGCUGCCGCCAGCUGGAACUCUACCUGAGCGCUGCGGCCGACAGGUGCGGAGCCAGGAUGCUCCUGGACUCGCUCUUCUCGGCAGAUACCGAGCAAGGGGACGAGUACUUCGAGAACCUGCACGAAUUCCGCAAGAAAAGCCUGCAAGGGCACGUGGCCCGGGCCAAAGAGCAGCUCCAGAGGAUUAUUCAUGAGCAUAAAAAUGCCGAAAAGAUGAUAGAUUUAAUGAGGGUUUAUGAAGAAGAAGAUGAAGCUUACCAAGAAUUAGUUACUGUGGCAACAAAAUUCUACCAAUAUUUGCUGCAACCAUUUAGGGAUAUGCGAGAGCUUGCAACAUUAUACAAGCUAGAAAUUUCGAAGUCCAUAGACUUUGAUGAACUGGGCCCUAAGAGAAUAGAGGCAUUGCAGAAGGAGGCCAAGAAAUGGACCAAACGAGCUGAAGAAGCUGUGACAUCUAUUCAGGACAUCACUGUGAAUUAUUUUAAGGAAACAGUAAAUGCACUGGCUGUAAUGCAGAAACAGAUGGAACAGGAUGAGAAGAGAUUUGGCCAAGCCACUUGGGCCUUAGCUGCUCCUAGACUUGAAAAACUGAAGUACAUGUUAGCAAGAGAGAGUCUACAACACAAGAGAGCCAAAGAGCUAUGCUUGAAUCAAAAAAGAGUUGACAUUCGAAAGAAGGUAGAAGGUCUUUCUGAAGUGGAGAAAAACAUUGAUGUGGUAGAUGAGCUAGAAAUACAGUAUUAUGAUGUUCAACUUGAAUUGUACGAAGUUCAACUUGAGAUACUGAAGUUUGAAGAGAUGCUGCUUAUUACAGAGUUAGACACUAUAAGACGACUCAUAAAAGAGAAACAAGAUGAAGUUGUAUAUUAUGAUACUUGUGAGAAUCCUGAGGAACUUAAAGUUGUUGAUCAUCUGGUGGGGCAACAGAAUUCCCAGAUUUUAGAAAUGAAGACACUCAGGCGGCAAUCUCAACAGCUGGAAUCCAAACGAGGAACUAUCUGUGCAAGAAGAGCCUAUCUCAGGAACAAAAAAGAUCAAUGCAAGGAAAGUCAUCAUCUCAAACUGCAGCAAGCACAGGAAAAUAUAAAGCGUUUUUAUCAGCAUCAUAAUAUUCAGAUGAAAAGAGACAAGAGAAAAGAAGAGGAGAAGGAGAAACAAGAAUGGAUAAACCAAGAACGACAAAAAACUCUACAACGCCUAAAAUCAUUUAAAGAGAAAUGCCCAGUUCAGUUUGUGCUUAAAACAUCUUGUUCAAAACCAGUUAGUCCAAAAUUGCCCAAAGAUAUUUCCCAGAAAAUCUCAUCACCAGCUUCUCAACCACUUUCAAUAGUGCAUUUAUCUUCUAAGCAAACAAGAAAUACUCCUUCAUCCAAAGCCAGAGGUUUGAAAACAUCUAAAUAUAAAGACAGUCCUGGAAAUGUCCCUAUUCAGAUUUUCGUUCCAUUUGAUGGCCCACCACAUCCAGAGCCCAGCAAGGAACUAAUGUUACCACCAGCACCACCACCACCACCAGCACCACCACCACCACCACCACCACCACCACCCCUUCCUCCUCCCCCUCCCCCUCUGCCUCCUCAUCUGUCUUCACAUUUGAGGACACCUGGGAAAGAUGAUGAUCAGCCACUGCCCUUGGUCUGUGAAUCAACUGCUGAAAGAUUAUAUGAUUCCUCUAAAAGUUCUUUAAACCUCUGUACAGGAACUAUGGAUAAAGUUUUGGCUUCUUUAAAGCAUGGUGACAUGCUUCUUCGAAAAACAGAGAAGUCCACUUUGCCCACUCCAGGAACCUCCAUUCGAGAUAACAUUCUGGCUGCCAUAAAGCAAGGGGUUAAAUUGAAGAAGGUUCAGCAAGAGCCUAUCACAGACAUCAACAAAGAGGCACCCAAUGAGCUGGAAAGAAGCAUCAAGGCAGCUCUUCAGAGAAUUAAGAGAGUGUCUGCUGACUCUGAGGAGGAAGAUAGUGGCGAUCAGAAUAACACAGAGUGGGACACUUAAUCUGAUUGUUAAGGCCAGAGGUUUGCUGGAAUAAUGGACUUCUUAGGAUAAAGCAAUGUAGGCGCAUGUGGACUUCUGAGAAGCGUAUGUACUCAGGGAAGGACAACCUCCAUAAUUUUAUUUUUUUAAGGAGCGUUUUAUGAAUGAAAACCACAUUGCAGCAGUUUUCAUUAUUUUAAUUCUUAUUAAAAUAGAGUAUGCAUGAUUUUAAAAAUAUUUUCAUAAAUGAACCAAAGAACCUGUAGAUUAUAUUUCAUAGGUUGUGGUUCUGAAUAGCCCCUGGGGGGGGGGGGAAUAAUCAGGAUUUCAUGUGGUAUGUUUUACCACAAAAUAAAUUUGAAAAAUGUAAACUCUUAAAUAAAUACCCUGAAUAAUUAAAUAAACAAGCUUCCUCACCACCCCCUACCCUCAUCCCAACUAUGUGCACUUUAGAAAUGAAAGAAGAUAAUAGAGAUUAAAGAAACUAGCACUGACAUCACUGGCCUAGGAGGCCAUUGAGCCAUGUGCAGUAUAGAAUGUGUUAACAUGGAUUUUGGAGCAUUUCACAUUAGAAAAGUAAACACCACAAUUUUACCUUACUUGUAGGGAAAGAAGGGAUUUUUUGGAGGUGGAGGGGAACAGUUUCCCUACAGUUCAGAAAUAGUGCAUCUAUCUAAUUGAAAUGAUUGUGUUAACAUUUUAAUUUGUUAAAACUGAAUAAUUUAAGGAACCAGAGUAAACAGAUUACACUUGGGUAACAUUUUAAAUAUAAUUUAUUCUUUAGCAUAUCUGUGCAUAGAACUAUUUUCAGUACCUCAGUGUUACAUUCACAAGAAAUUGAAAGUUUACAGUACAUUAACUGAUAUAAUUUUGAAAUACAUGGCUACUAAUUCUUUAACAUUUCCACUACAAAACCAGCAGAAUAUGAGGUUUAAGAUUCAAUAGGAUUAAAAAAAUUUUUUUUAAAGAUUCAACAGAAUUUCAGUUCAGACUUUUGUCUGUCAUGUACAAUUUUAUUGGAGGGAAAUUUUAAAAUCAUGUAGUUAAUGUGGGUAGGAAACUUUUCCUCCCAGGAAAUGUCUGGUCUUGGAAACCACGUUCUCCCUUUCUGGUUUCUAAACAUUAUAAAAUGAGGAAAUAUAUCCUAAGUGCCCUAAUAAAUAAAUGCUUCAUUUUUGUCUGUGGUGGGUGGAUUCUCUAGUGAUAGGUAGAAUUUGGCUCAUGCACUUUUUAUUGUGUUAAACAGUUAAAUACAGAUUCUACUGUGUUAAACAGUUUAAUAACUUAAAAAUUUUUAUAUUAAAAAAUUGGAUUUUAUGUAUUUUGGUAUUUAAUAUUAUAGUGACAUUUUGGGUAAACUUAAAUAAUUUAAAAUGCACCUGUGUGAACUCUAUCUAGAAUGUUGACAAGUGCCUUUUUGUUGUUAGGGAGAAAAUGUGAUGCCUUGCGAAUCACUUUUAUACUUGGUCAUAGGAUCACUUUCUGAGUUUUAUAACAAAGGUAAAAUUGAAAUUAAAAUGUUUUAACAAUGAAGCAGGACAUGUACUUUUUAAAAUUAAUUAUACCUGUUUACUUGUAACUAUAUGACAUACCUUUAGGGACUGUUGCCAUGGGGUUGUUUUUUUUUUUAAUCCGUCAAAAAGACAAGCUUCUUGGGAAGAAAAAUCCUUUGCUAUGGGUCAGGAGUUGCCCUGCAAGUUUCUGAAAUUUGUGAGGUUUUAUAUUGCAUUCUAAAAAGUUACUUUUAAAAAAACACUUUAAGAACUUUUUACAGACCUUAGCUUAUUCAUUCACCAAAUUUUAGUGAAGAGGACCAGUGUGGCACACUAGAAAGCAUUGGCCUAGCAGGACCCCUGACAAUGCCACUUAAGAGCUUGUCAUAUAUAAAUAUAAAUUUCAGUUAAAUGGUAAUAUAAUGAAAAGUUGAGUUGUUUAUUAUAUGAUUCCAAUAGUCAAGAGUGUGCUGGUAUAUGUUUAACAAUCAGCCCUCUGGAGAGGAAAAUGUACUUAUGAUUCACUUAAAAGAAUUUUUUUUCAAUUACAUGUAGAAAUAAUUUUUGACAAUUGUUAUCCAUCAUGUUGCAAUUCAGAUUCUUUCUCUCCUUCCCUCAUGCCCAAGACAGUAAAUAGGGUGACAUAGAAUUGUACCCAAUGCUGUCAUGCAGUACAUGUUUCCAUAUUCCUUAUGCCAUGAAAGAAUACACAUCACA